AUGUUUUAUACCGAAGGUUUACCUUUUAAUAUUGCAAGGAAUCCACACUAUCUCAGGGCUUUUCAAUUUGCUGUUAACAACAAAAUUGAUGGUUAUGUACCUCUUGAUUAUAAUAAGCUAAGAACAACAUUACUACAAAAAGAAAAAUAUAAUGUUCACAUGCUAUUGGAUCCACUUAGGUCUACAUGGAAAGAAAAAGGUGUGACUAUUGCGAAUGAUGGAUGUAGUGAUCCUAAAAGAAAACCUCUAAUCAAUUUCAUGGCUACCUCAGUGGCUCGAUGGGCGAAGAAUAACACUCCCCUACAUUGUUUAGCUCACUCUUUAAAUCCUUGUGAUGCAUGGUUACUUGAGGAUUCUAGAAGAUGUGCUCCACAUAGGGAUGGAGAAAUUUCACAAGAAAAGAUGAAAUGUUUUCGAAGGUUGUUUCUUAAUGAUGAUGAGUAUAGCAAAGUCCAUGAUGAGUAUGCGAUGUUUUCAAUGAAGAGUGGUCCUUUUGAGGAUUUGACAAGCAUUUCAUAG